GUCUUCCAGUACAGGAUUGGCCAGCUGUAUAUGAUCAGCAAGCACAGCCAUGAGCAGAGUGAGCGUGGAGAAGGAGUGGAGGUGGUGCAGAACGAACCCUACGAGGACCCCACACAUGGACAGGGACAGUUCACAGAAAAACGGGUCUACCUCAACAAUAAGCUCCCUAGCUGGGCCAGGGCGGUGGUCCCUAAAAUCUUCUAUGUGACAGAGAAGGCCUGGAACUACUACCCCUACACCAUCACAGAGUACACUUGUUCCUUUCUGCCAAAGUUCUCCAUUCACAUAGAGACCAAGUAUGAGGACAACAAAGGCAGCAAUGACAAUAUCUUUGACAGCGAGCCCAAAGGGGAGGAGGAGAUAGAGGUGUGCUUAGUGGAUAUCGCCUACGACGAGAUCCCAGAGCGCUACUACAAGGAGUCUGAGGACUUGCGGUACUUUAAAUCAGAGAAGACAGACCGGGGUGUUCUGCAGGAGGGCUGGAUCGACAACCAGGAACCCAUCAUGUGCUCCUACAAACUGGUGACAGUCAAGUUCGAGGUGUGGGGUCUUCAGACACGGGUGGAGCAGUUUGUACACAAGGUUAUCCGUGACGUCCUGCUCCUAGGACACAGACAAGCCUUUGCCUGGGUGGAUGAGUGGAUUGAAAUGACCAUGGACGAGGUGAGAGAGUACGAGCGGGCCACCCAGGAGGCCACCAACCGUAAGAUCGGACCCUUCCCCCCAUCCAUCUCCAUCACCGAGACCCCCCUGGCCUCAGUGGCCCGCAACGGGCCCUCCAGCGCCCCCUCCACCCCCCUCUCCACGGAGCCUCCAGAGUACCUCUCCGUGCCCAAGGACCGACCCAGGAAGAAGUCAGCCCCAGAGACCUUGACCCUCCCCGACCCCAAUCGCAGGGACUCAGGCUUCAGGCUGGCUAGCAUCUUCUCCUGGGGCUCAACCCCUAGCCCCCAGCCUGAAUGA